AGGAAAUGCUGGAAAUCUUAUAAACCACGUGUUUCACUUUUCGUUUCUGUCAGAGUGAUGAUUUGGUCUGAGUGGCGUUCACGUGUUCUUUAUAAAGAGAGAAAUUGAAACCGUUGGAUUUGUGACAGGCUCGCGCUGUGGUCUUCUUCACACAGAUAAAUGCGCGAGGCUAAAAAGAUGUUGCUGACACGCUCAUGGUCUCGCGCUGUUGUCUUCUUCACACAGAUAAAUGCACGAGGCUAAAAAGAUGGAGGCUGAUAAACAAGAUGCCGGAGAUGGAGUACAGGAAAGAAACACAACACCGUCGUUUGGAGUCGAAGAAGAAAAUAUCCUUACCUCUCGAAUCAAAGGCUGAAGAUAGCCUAAACACACUCAGGUUAACCAAAGACACAUCAGGCCACGUGCGGGUGUCUGAGAGUCCGUCGAAGUCUUGUGCUGAGAGUCUACUGGACGGCUCGGGUUCUGAAGACUCUGUGGUGUCCGGUCCAAGCUCACCUUCUGCUGCCCAAUAUUCACUGAGAUGCAGGGAGUGUGAAAGACUUUUCUCCAAAAUGAGGAGACAAGAGCCUCGGAAGAAAAAACGAGACAAAAAUCCAGCCUCGCUAUCAUGUGAUGAAUGGCUGCUUAAUAAAAAAUGGCAGCCACAGAGACGGCAGCAAUCCCGAGGGAGGUUAUGGGUGCACUUGAAACGCAUCAGGUUGCGAGCUGCCAAGCAGUCAGACGAAGGCAUGACAAAUAAAUCCUGGUCACUCUGCUCCAGACCUCACGUGUUCCUGCAGAGGAACUUGCGCCACUGUAAAAAGUUGCUCAGAAGGGCAUCUCAAAGCAAAGCGAAACCUCUCCAUCAGCGGAGAAAUCGAGCAAAACCCACGUCCACUCUGAACAGCGGGAAUUACCCGAGGCGAAAGAAACGGAAAUCCACAGAAGACGAUACAUCGGAGCAUCUUUCAAUUUCAACAUCGGAUCUCACGGUUACCUCGGAAGACGAGCUGCCCGAAAAGAACACCGCUCACCAUGAAGGUUUGCAGAAGUCGGAGAAAGUUACUAAGAAACAAUGUGUUGGCGAUGUGAGCGGCUUGAUGGACGUACAGGCUGAUUGCAGUGGCCUGGAGGGAACUCGGAGGGUGCUAAAAUUUGACAGUUCUCUCAACGAUGUGCUAGCUGUAGAAACACUGAAAACAAAGCACCGCCUCGUACUUAAGAAUGCAGAAGGAAAAUUACAUGUAGGCCAAGCAGAUUUGACACUGAAGAACGGAGAUUGCCAAAAAAGGCUAGAUGAUGAUCUGGGUGAGGUUUCGGAUGCGUUUCGAACGCCGACGGAUCACUGUAGCGACGAUUUGAAGAUCACCAGGAAGAGCAGGCCGUCGCGGCCGUUUGGUGCACAGAAGUACAGCUUCAGGACCAUGUUAGCUGCACUUGGGCACGGUCAUAACCAGAUUAUUAAGGAGUCCCAUCACUGAUCAUUUUGCAGAAAAUCGCAAUUUUAUAUAGGUUUUGUUUUUUGUGAUUUGGUGUUGACCAGCCUGCAUGAGUGUUCCAUGCUACAACUAUAUUUGUGUUUUGGGUGACUUUGCGUGACAAAAUGCUUGUAACAACACACAUUUGUUAAGUGUAGAAAAUGUUAAAAGGAUAGCGUGAAGACACGAUGUUUAUGGGAGGCAGAAUAGCCACGGCUUGAUAGAACCAGUUCAAAGAAUUAAUUGUAAAUGCUAUUCCAUAGAGUAUUUUUGUGUUUGAGCAACAUUUCGUUGUUGUUUUUUUUAUUUUUAUUAAAUAAAUCCAGUUUAAUAAGAUUGAUUGAUCCAGGAAAACGGCUUUGGUGCAGUUUCAACACUGGCCACUAGGUGGCGGAAGUAGCACAUAAACUCAACCAGAAAGCACAACUAUUUAGACAUAUUGCAAACCUUAUUAUUAUUAUUAUUAUAUGCUUGCAGUACGUCAGAUUAUCUGUGCUGUCAGUAAAGGCAGCUUUUUACCAAGCGAAGACUGAAGUAAUAAUAGCUAUACAUUAAUAUUUAUUAAUCAGUUAGCUCAUUUUCUGUCAAUUUGUUAAUCAGUUUCUUCUUAUGGAGACUCUUCGUUACUUGUGUGUGUGUGUGUGUGUGUGUGUGUGUGUGUGUCUGUCUCGCAGCUUGCAGGCAAACCUAAGAAAAGCUUGAAAUAAAUAUAUUCAUAUAUUUAAAAAAUGUCCUGCAUUAUACAUCGCCCACUUUAAGAUGAAUAAUGAUUUGCAGCAUUUUAUGACUCGUUAUUGCAGCAUGGAACGAAAUAAUAGAUUAUUAAUAAAUUAUUUAAGCAUAUUAUUUAUCAUGUACUAAUGUCUUAAUAAUUUUAGGACACUGUAUUACGUAAUCUUAUUUAAUCUGGUUGUGUGUAUCGACGGUGAAGUUUAUG